AUGACUUGAACUCCUCUGCCUGGUGAAUUCACAGUGAUCUUCACUCGUGCCGCUCUGCAGAGUAACCAUGUUGAAUCCCUGGGGAUUUUGUAUUAUUGUCCAGCUGUCUUUGGCAGUGGGAAUAAAUUCUGAUCUAAGUGUUAAGAGGACUUCCUUUGGCUCUAAUCUAAGAAACAGGGACUAUCUUCAGAGGAUUCCUCCGAGGUUUGACCCCCAACACACUGAUCCUGGAGAUGCUGGAAAGUUACUAACUGAUUCUCACGGUGACACCAUGUCCAAACUAAUAAGUGCAAUCAAUACAAGAGUAGAUUUGCCAUUGACAGAACGUCUGAAUUUGUCUAUGUUAAAGACACAGUGUCAGAGAAUCACUGAUAGCUGGAAUCCUGCUUUUCAACCACCGUGUUCCAAUAAUCAGACGGUACCUUCUUGUGUUGGAAGUUCUUGUCCCAUUAAGGAGGCCUUCCCAGUGUGUUUGACUCAGGCGGACCAUUUUAAAUUCAGCUAUGAUAACACAUUUGAGACAAAAAUGAUGCUUAACCAACAACAUAUGGCCUUUAUGGAAGGAGGUCAUACUAAACACAGCCACACGACGAUAGUUAUAAUGGAAGAGGACCCUGCAGUGAUUGAGGCGGCCACCUACCUCUUUGAGAGGCAUCCCAAUGUAUCAACGUUGCUGAGGUACCAGAAAGGGGCGCUACUUACUCUCAGAGGAAGCCAUUUCUUUUCUACAGAUGAUCAUGAUGUCAUGCUGGUUGGCCAUGGCAGUAAUGGUACCAAUGGAACAGUCCAGCUAGCUGGUUACGGCCCAGAAGAACUUGCCAAAUUUGUGUCAACCUUUAAAACUGAAAGCAUAUUUGGUCAUCUUAGCACCAUCAGCCUCAUCAGCUGCAAACUUGGAAAUUACCUUCAAUUUAUGUUGCAGCUGCUACAAAAUCUCCGGUCUCUCGGCGUUGAAACAAAGCUACACCUAUACAACUCCUUCCUGUCUGUUAGUUCCGAUGGAAAGAUACUGACUACAACGGACGGAGUCUGGAGGUCCCAUGACCCCAACGGAAGAGUCAUUGCUGAACUGGACAAAAAAGGGGACCUGCUUACAAAAGUGGAACACGGCUGUGCAGGGCCAAUGUUUUCUGAUUACAAAGGAAACGUUUUGUAUCUGCAGACAUUGGAGUGGCCAAGCCACCCUCAAAUGUUUGUUCCAAUGGAGCUGCGCAAAAAGUACCCUUCUAUUGAUUGCCUGGAGGGGCUCACAUGGAGCUUAUUCUUUGAAGAGACUGAAAGAAGGCGUGCUCCUAUUUAUGUCCCAGAAAAAAGACUCCUGAAAGCAAUUUGGCUAACGGAGACAGGACUAGAAGAAGCCAAUAUUGUCUUUAGGCAUAUCAGUAACAUUCAGGAUCUACUCGUAGAGAUACGAUACAAUGCCAAAGAGGAAAUUUCUUCAGACCUUUACUAUGUUCUCAAUGAAUGCAUUUACAAAGUACAUGGGAAAAAUCUAAGUGUAAGUCUGGUGGGCAAGUUCAUGAGCCCUGGCAAUCCAGCUGAAAUUGAAUAUUUCCGUCAGAAUUUCAUUGACCAGGUGGGUGAGUCCUCCAUGCAGGAACUGAGACAGGGUCUCAAAGCAUCACACUUCAUUGACUUCUGUCGCCAGACAUUCCAGUUCCAGCAGUGUAACUACAACUGUGAAAGAUGGGGCCGUUACUUCAUGGCUGCAGUGUUUUCAGUAUCCGUGUGUAAUUUCAGGACCUUCUCGCUUUUCCUCAUGAGUGUCAUAAGUUGUGAAGUAGGCCGCUCACGAGGGACUGACAGCCCCCUGUGCACAGCUUUUGUCGGAGUUGACCACCCCAUGGAUACUAACCAACCCUGGCCUGAGCAUCUGCGACGUGGAUUCUAUGGCUGCACUGCUGACAACUAUGAAAUGGCACCUCGGAACGUACAGAUUUGGUUGGAUGAAGUUGUUGCGAAGGAAAACGCCUUGUACAUCAAAUCGAAGCAGAUGAUGACUGCUGUUGACCAUGACGAGCAAACGGAGCUGGCAAUCUUUGGGAGGGUCAAAGUCCUGAAUACAUAG